AGUUGUUGACAGGCGCGGAAUUUGUAAAAUCCGCAACAUCAAAUUUAGCUGCCUUUUUACCAACCCUUUCAGUUAGCAAAAUAGUUUUAAAACAAUGUAUUUAUUGCCAUAUUGGGUCCAAGCGAUUGCACGUUACAUUGUCUGGUGAACAGGGAAAGUGUACGCUUCAGCAAGUAGUUUCAGGGUUGGAAGUUUGACACGACUUAGCUAGCUAGCUACUCCCACCAAGCUAACUGACAUGUGAGAUCUGGAAAAGUUGUGUCACUGUGCAUCAGUUGGAUCAGUCAAACAACAGUUUGUAACAACGGUUCUGAAGUUAGAUUGACUAAAGUUAGCUAAGGUGUUAGCUGGGCAUGACGUGUAACGUUACGACAGGUCUAGCUCCAAUGCGCCGUGGCUAGGCUGGCUAGCUAGCUAUGCUGGUACACCGUCUGACUAGGGCUCUGUUCUCAUCCGGACGAGCGUUAACGUUACGGCUCCAGGUCCACAGGGGGUUUAGCGUUACCGGGAAGAAGAAGCGAACAGACUCCCCGGGAGACAUGAUCCGGCGGACUCAGAUCAAACGGGUUCUGUGUGUGGCGGAGAAGAAUGACGCGGCCAAGGGCAUCGCAGAGAUCAUGUCCAACGGCAGAGCCAGGAGGAGUGAGGGGCUGUCGGUCUAUAACAAACUCUAUGAGUUUGAAUACAACCUGUUUGGACAGAAUGUGACGGUGUGUAUGACGUCAGUGUCCGGUCAUCUGCUGGCUCUAGAGUUCAAAGCACAGUUCCAGAAAUGGCACAGCUGUAAUCCUGUCCUGCUGUUUGAUGCUGAGGUGGAGAAGUAUUGCCCUGAGAACUUUGUUCAGAUCAAGCGGACCCUAGAGAGAGAGGUGCGUCAGUGCCAGGUGCUAGUCAUCUGGACAGAUUGUGACAGGGAGGGAGAGAACAUCGGCUUUGAGGUCAUAGACGUCUGCAAAGCAGUGAAGCCCGGUGUGCAGGUGUUCCGUGCACGGUUCUCUGAGAUCACUCCUAACUCUAUCAGGAGAGCAUGUGACACGUUAACGGAACCAGACGGUAACGUCAGUGAUGCUGUGGACGUACGUCAGGAGCUGGACCUCAGGAUAGGUGCAUCGUUUACCAGGUUCCAGACACUCCGACUCCAGAAGAUCUUCCCAGCCUCAUUAGCCAAUCAACUGAUCUCGUAUGGCAGCUGUCAGUUCCCUACGCUGGGAUUCGUUGUGGAACGCUUCAAAUCCAUCCAGGCAUUUAUACCUGAGACCUUCUACAAGAUCAGAGUCCUUCAUGAGGUAGAGGAGGAGUCAGUAGAGUUCAGCUGGAAGAGGAACCGACUGUUCAACCACACAGCCUGUCUAGUGAUCUACCAGAUCUGCAUGGAGGAUCCCAUAGCAACCGUCACCUCUGUAACCAGUAAACCCAAAAGCAAGUGGAGGCCGUUGCCCCUGGACACAGUGGAAAUGGAGAAGCUGGUUUCCAGGAAGUUGAGAAUCGGCGCCAAAGAGACCAUGAAGAUCGCUGAGAAACUAUACACCCAGGGGUUAAUCAGUUACCCGCGUACAGAGACCAACCUGUUCCCUAAGGACCUCGCCCUGGGCCCCCUGGUGGAGCAUCAGACACCCAGCCCCUCCUGGGGGGCCUUCGCUAGGGGGGUGAUGGAGCAGCCAGGGGGACCCAACCCACGACAGGGCACCAAGACGGAUCAGGCCCAUCCCCCCAUACACCCCAUCAAGUACACUAACACACUACAGGGCAACGAGCAGCGUGUGUAUGAGUUCAUUGUGCGUCACUUCCUGGCGUGCGUAUCCCAAGAUGCUGUGGGGCAGGAAACGGUGGUUGAGGUGGAGAUGGCUAACGAGAGGUUCUCCGCUAACGGCCUCAUGAUCAUCAGGAGAAACUACCUGGACGUUUACCCCUACGACCGCUGGAGCACCAAGGUGAUCCCAGUGUAUGAGCAGGGUAGCCAGUUCCAGCCGUCAGCGAUAGAGAUGUUGGACGGUCAGACGUCUCCUCCUCAACUCCUCACAGAGGCAGACCUCAUAUCCCUGAUGGAGAAACACGGCAUCGGUACGGAUGCCACCCACGCUGAUCACAUUGAGACCAUAAAGAGUCGUAUGUACGUGGGACUAACAGCUGAUCAGAGGUUUCUACCAGGAGAACUGGGGAUGGGACUGGUGGAAGGGUAUAACUCUAUGGGGUAUGAGAUGUCUAAGCCAGACCUGAGGGCGGAGCUGGAGGCCGACCUGAAGCUGGUAUCGGAGGGGAGGAAGGACAAACAGAGCGUGUUGAGACACCACAUUCACAAAUACAAGGCGGUCUUCAUAGAGUCUGUCAAGAAAGCCAAGAGGUUGGACGAGGCUCUGUCUAACUAUCUGGGCGCGGCCCAGGAGUUCAGCGAAUCAGAGCAGCAGGAUAUGGAGAUGCCCCUCCCAGUCAGGAAGUGUCCUCAGUGUGGGAGGGACAUGGUGCUGCGGAGGAGGAAGGAGGGGAACGGUAAGUACCUGUCCUGCGUUGGUUACCCAGAAUGCAAGUGUUCCGUGUGGUUUCCUGACACGGUUUUAGAGGUCAACAGAGACGAGGCUGUCUGUCCCACCUGUCAGCCCCGCCCCGUUCACAUGUUAAAGUUGAAGUUCCGACGAGGCAGCCUCCCUCCCAUGAUGCCGCUGGAGUUUGUGGGCUGCAUCGGUGGGUGUGACGAGACACUGAGGGAGGUGCUCAACCUCAAAUACCUCCGAAUGGGCGGAGGGGGGCCUAGACCUCGCCCAGCCCCCAGACCCAGACCGGACCCCCUGCCUCCCCAAGCCCCCAUCCCACCUUCCUCCUCCUGGCCACCCCACUCCCGCCCUGACCCCCAGGCCCCACCCCCUGACCCCAGAGGUGGUGACAUCACAGUGUGUAACUGUGGGUCGGAGGCGGUCCUCCUCACCGUGAGGAAAGAUGGGCCGAACCAGGGCAGACAGUUCUAUAAGUGUUCCGCUGGAGGCUGUAACUUCUUCCUGUGGGCCGACCAGCCCAACACUAACAUUAACGCUCCAGGCCCCCGGGGGGCGCCACCCAGCAUGCCGCAACAGCCCCCCAGGACCUCUGUGGGGGUGGGGUGGGGGGGAGGAGGAGAGGGGGAGGUGGUGUGUAACUGCAGUGAGCCAGCGGUUCAGAGGACAGUGCAGAAGGAAGGCUCUAAUAAAGGAAGAGUGUUCCAUACCUGUGGGAAGCCCAGAGAUCAACAGUGUGGAUUCUUCCUCUGGGCUGACGAGAACGUCCCACCGCCAGGUUCAGGUUCCGGGGGGUAUGGAGGGGGAGAGAGAAAACCCCGUACCUGUGGCAUCUGUCACAUGCCUGGACACACACGCGUCACCUGCCCUCAGCGCUGACCUUUAACCCCUGAUCCCACUGCUGCCAUUGGCAUGCUCUGACCCCGUGUGACCUUGUCCCCGACCUCUGAACUCUGAUGUGAUCAGGAAGCUCUGCAAUUGAUGUUUGAUGUAAA